UUUUUGUGAAAUGUUCUACUGGAAUAUGUAAAUAAUUCAUGAUAUAGUCAAUGGCGUACCAAGAUGUAAAGAAAAUAGCUUAUGAUUAUUGUUAUCAAUCUGUAUGCAAAGGAGAACCUAAAUGGCCGCAAGGCGCUAUUUUCACUCAAGAAACAAAAGCAGCAGUUGAUGAGGCUUGCCUGCCAUCGCAGCAGCUUAUAACCACACGAGUAACACUAAAGGAAUUGUCUGCGUCUCCAAGUACUUUUUUGCCUUGUAUCUUGUAUAUACUAUCGAAAUAUGAAGAAGAACAUAAAGAGCACCAUGCUUAUGAUGUUAGAAGACUACCUCUGCCUAGGCUUUUUUCUGUAUUACCAAACCCAUCGCUGCACUGGCGAUUCAUCAAUAUCAGCGCAAAUUCUUUAUCUGCCUUUGUUAAAGAGCCUUUACCACGGGGAUACAACGAUCAACUAAGAAUGUUUUGCAGAGUUUUCAAUUUCAAAAAACUAAGAAUCAAUAGGUAAAAUCUUGUCUGCAGACUGCUUACUUGUACAAUACUCAGUAACCUUUUUUGUUUGUUUGAAUAGCAUUGACGAUUUGCUUCCUAAUCAGAACAACAAGAUCAUGUUUGCAAAUACUGUCAAGUCUGACGGAUUUUCAGUUGAUUUUGUAUUCAACAAAAGAACAACAAAAGAUACCUCUUUAAUAGCAAACAUUGAUUUAAAGCUUGAAGAUUUUGGCUUGGAAGAAGUAAAGCAAGCCUACCAGCCCAUGUUUCUAGAUCCUGGGAGAAAAAGCGUGUUCACUGCUGCAAUUGGUUUAGAUACAACCAACCAUCAAAUAAGACGCUGCUCAACAGCAGAGUAAUAUCACAGGACCGGAUCAAUAAAGUACAUUAAAAA